GCCACGCCAAGCAGCCAUGCCGAAGCUCCUCCUGGCCCUGGCGUUCGGGACGCUGCUCUGGGAACUGAGGCUGGGGGCCCUGGGCCGGAACCCACCCUAUGGCGUCAAGCUGUGCGGCCGGGAGUUCAUCCGGGCCGUCAUCUUCACCUGUGGGGGCUCCCGCUGGAGACGGACAGGUGACCUCGAGAUCCUGAGCGGCCCCCCUGGCGGGGAAGACUCCACAGAAGCUGCCUCCAGCGAGUGGGACGUCAGCCGCCUGCCCGGGAUGCUGCCCCUCUCCUCCGACUACCACGAGAGGUGGCGAGGCAGACCGGGCCGCAGCCUCUCCGAGGACAGCUGGCCUUUGGAGCGCGCCGCCCGGGACGUCACGACGGGGCUGAGCACCUCCUGCUGCAAGUGGGGGUGCAGCAAGAGCGAGAUCAGCUCCCUGUGCUAGAGGCGGGCAGGGGGCAGCGCAUGGCGCCGCAGGUUGGCACUCGACCCGCAGCGGGCGUCGGGGCCAUGCCGGUUGGCACCCACGGAGGGUCCAGCCCUGGGAUGGUGGCUGAAAGUAGAAACCCACAGUUCCCUGCCCUGCAGCUGCUCAGCAACCUGGGAGCCCUGCCCGAGUGAGGACUGCAGGGAUCGGGCUGUGGAAAUGUCUGUCAUGCUGGCGGUGCCCCCCACCCCGGGGAGGGGCAGAGGUGAACUCCAGGGUCCUGGGGCAUGCUGGGAUUGGAGGCUGAGUUUCGAUUUAUGAGGAACCAGAUGACAAACCCCACACCACACACACACACGCGCGCGCGCGUCCAGUUGGGUCACCCCCACUUUGCCUCCUCUUGCGGUUGUAGCCGGGGUUCAA